AUGAUUAAGAGCGCCUCGCAGCAGCAGUACCAGCAAUACGAUCGCCUCAAGACCAGCACACCUCUAGGUGCUGUAGCUAUGACCGCACCGUCCGAUGAGAGCUGCCUACGACAACUGACUCGGCGGAUAGUACUACUGCUGAACACUCUCAAGUUGUUCACAAUGCAUGUGCCCACUUCAUACAGGGUGAAUCGCAUCUUUGGCAUCAUCACCAGCCUGGCGGGCAUAGUGGGUGUGGCCACGGGCAGUGCCUUGUCCGCCCACUUCCGCAAGUGGUCGGUGCGGGCUGAUGCCUUCAUCUGCGGUGGAGGCAUGCUCAUCAGCGUGCCCCUGCUGUUCGUCGGUGCCACUAUCGCGCACCGUAUGCCGACCGUCACGUGGGUGCUGUUCUUCUUUGGCAUGACAGCCAUCUGCCUCAACUGGUCUAUAGUGGCUGACAUCCUUCUGUACAUCCUGGUGCCUUCACGAAGAGCCACGGGUGCUGCCUUCCAGAUCUUAAUAUCCCAUCUGCUGGGUGACGCCAGCAGUCCAUACAUCGUUGGCGUGAUAUACGAUGCAAUCCUGGUGGGCCGAACGGAUGUGGCGGCCCACUACUUCAGCCUGCAGUACGCCUUGUUUCUGCCUGUGGCUGUGCUGGUGUUGGGCAGUCUGUUCUUCGUCGUCCUCUCCUGGCACAUUGUGGCUGACAGGGAGGACUGCGCUGCUCUCACCCGUGAGAUGCUCAAGGGCUCGUCAUGCUCAUUUGACGACCCCUUGGAUCGUGGCGACAUGACCUCCUGCACUGUGCCCUUGCUGGAAGACAGAGUGGUGCGGAGGAAAGAGCGCGUUCACUGAUCUGGCCUGCUACUAUGUGCGUCCAGCAGGACACGCAAUCGACCACAUGUGCCUCUUGAUCAAUUCGCUCCAUGCCUCAUGCCAGUUCUUUGAGCAUUUAGCAAAUUGUGUGUCUGGGUUUUUAAGGGAAAUUUUGUUUAUCGUAGUAGUGUGGCUAGUGUACCUUCUUUUUUUUUUGUUCAACCACAGUCACAGAGUUUUAGAGUGCAGAAAACACGGUGCAUAAAAAAAGUCUUUUCCACGUUCAAAAAUUUUGUCGAUUGUGCACCAACAGGCCCUAAAUAGUUCUUGCCAAGGCCUUCUACCAUUGAUGUCAGAGAAGAUUUUACUAUUUUUGGUAAUUCACUGUUUUCCUAUUCACUUCAGGCACUGCACGAUACGAAUGUUAUGGUUGUGAACGUGUUGUAUAGUGCACAUGUUUUUUUUAUAAGGGUUGAACAAAGUCUUACCAUUUUAUUUUCUAGAAUAGCUCAUUUUGGGUUAGUAAAUAUUGAUAUGAAGGGAUCAUCAGUUAGUGCUCAUUGCUAUGAGCAGCACAUUACUCCAGUUAAACCUGAUCAGCAUUGCUACAUUCUUUCAUCAGCCUUACAUAUUUGGAAAAUAUAGUUGAGAACAAGUGUAAAUCAAGUUACAUAUUAAAAAAGAAGUCAAUCAAGAAAAAAGAAAUGAUGUAUUUCAGACGUAAGGUAAAGCUGCGAGCGUGGUGGAAAUGUGACAUGCCGUUUUUUGUUGGGGAAAAAAUAACAGCACCUCCAAGUAUAUGAAUUCUGCGAACAAGUUUCUGGCACCCUUUGUUCUCAUUUGCGGAUCAGUUGUUCGUGUCAGUAUCUGUUGUGAGUCGGGUUACUUUUUUGUUUGCUUCAUUUUCUCCUAGUUGUCUGAACAAUACACGUGUUUGUGUGUGUGGCCAUAUUGAAUUUUUAAUGCUGUCUAAUGAAAAUUGAAAACAUGUCUCAGACGCCAUUGAUAAAAAACUGUCCCUAAAUGUGUCAAAUCGCUAUAAGGUUGCUUCAAGGCACUCAGUAUUUGGUUGCAACAACAAGAAUGAGGUAAUUGUUGUAUUUAUGCAUGUUAUAGUGACUCAUCUUAACUAAGUUGCAAUUAAAUAUUUCUUUAUCCUAAAGUCAUGGAUGCUUACUUCUGGCAUAAACAGAAUAAAAUCUCAGGCUAGGAAUAAAGUAGAAAAUUCAUACUUAGUUAUGUUCAGUUUUCGCAAACAAAAUCCCUGCUUUUCACAUUGCUUGAAGGAAGUGGCAUGUCGCACGACUGGUUAAACGUGAUACUGUCUUUAGAAAAGUAAUCAUAUAUAUCAGUACACUGUAGAAUGAAGUUAAGUGAGGACAAUCUUAUAGUGCAGAAGGUUCAAUUCAGCCAAAGUACAACUUAUUUUGCUCUUUCUCAGCCUCUACUUGCUGCAAACAGUAAGAACGAAUGGUGUACACAAUUGUGUACAUAGCGUCUCAAAGGGUCAACUUAUCUUUGCAGUCAUUUUUGGUGUUGAUCACCAUGAACACUAGGCAAUUUCACGUCAUUUCACUUUUGCGAUAUUUGGAUGUCGUUUUGCCAUUUUCUAUAUCAAACUCUCCCGUUCCACUUCUCUCUUAUUGUGUCCAUGCCAGGCCAUCCAGCAGCAUGAAAUAUUUGGCGGGUACAUGCCAUAUUGUUUUGUGUUUUCUUUUUACUUUCCUGCCAUGUUAUUUUUUCUGUAUCCUAAGCUGACACUAAGAUGGGAAGUACAAUAUCAAUUUUUCUUUUCUCUAACACUUGUGCUAGAAGUAAGCACCAAGUGCCCAAGCGUAGACUUGGAAAGUCUUGAGGUAUUGCAAGGAGCUAUUCAGAUAGGCUUUGCAUUAAUUGAACUCAACCGUGUUCUCAAAUCAUAGACCAGCUUGAUGAAAUGUGUCCUAAACCAAUUAUGACUUUAUUGCUCUAUGAAGAGUAAAUGUGGCAGCUCAAAGUACUUUUUCUAGAUUGCAUUAAAAUAUGCGCAAAACUGAGUUGAUCUGCCAUGUAGCGUUAUGUGAGCAGGCAUUUGGCAUCACGUGCACUGAAAUGUUUUCAGUGAAUUUUCAAUGAAAAGUAUAAUAGAUUGGUUGAUCAGAAGCAAAAAUUCGAUUGUUUUUAACAAGUUCUGCAGGGCACUUUUGGUGGGGCAUUUUCAGUGGAUUUUUAGAGUAAUUUUAGCAGAUAAUGACUAUUUUUUUUACCAUGUUUUAAUGGGAUCUCAUGCUUUUGCUUAAUGGCAGCUAUGAUUGGCUGUACUUGACAAUGUAGCAACUUUGAUGAGGGGCUAAUUUCCAACUAAUAAUGUAGACAAGCUUUUUUGAAGGAUUUUCAGUCGGGACUUUCUUGCAUUACUGUUUCAGUUAUAACAAACCGACUUAAAAAGUGUAUUUGAAAUGUUCUUCAUUGCCGUUUUCACUGAAGCUUUUUCCAGGCCUCAGUAGGGUUAUGGGAAUUUUCAGCAGUAGAUCUGAUGCUAUUUUAGCAGUAAUUUUUCUUGAAAAAAUGCCAGUAUAUAGAGGUAUCCGAGACAUGGAGCCAUCUGAGAUGUGUGGCUUGAGCUUCUGGACAGUUCUGAGAUAUUUAGCAAAUGCCAUAAGCUAGCGCUUCGUAAUUGGCGUGUUCACCUUUGAUGCUCAUGGGACAAUACCUUGUGGAACUUCAAAACUGCGAGAGCGCACUCCUCGGAGAUGUUCAGUAAUUAUCCUGUUUUGCAUCAAGCAAGAUAUGCUGUUUGUAAAAGCUGUUUUUUUUUUGUGCCCUGUCAAACAAACUCGAAGAAUAUGUGAGCCUUUUGACCAUAGUGUUUUGGCUGCCUGUUCUUUGGUACGAACCAUGUAUUUGUUCUUUUACUCCAUUUACCUGCGCUGGAGGUGAACCAGCACAUUUUUUAUUAUGAGCUUUCUCGCUACUACUACUCUGAACAUGCACUUUAUACAGGGGUACAUUCUGUAGCUUUGGUGUGUUGGGCUUUACAGAAAUGCUAGCCUUCUGUGGCUGGCAAUGUAGUGGCACACAAGUGAAGCUGCUACAUUUCAUAGGUGCUUACAGUAAUACCUCGUUAACUCAAACUCGCAUAG